UGUAGGUUUCGUGGUUUCUGAAUCCCUAGACUUGAAACCAGGCGGGAAGAUCCUCUUCAGCCUCAAAAGAUGACAGCCCACAGAGAGGUAACUUCUAUUUGCAUGGAACUCAGAAAUCUCCUGCAAAUCAUGGCUCAACUCAAGCCUCAUUUCCUCCAGAAGGCUUCCUUAAACCACCUCUCUCCAGGACACAGCCAGGAGAGCCUUAUCUGUACCCCUGGGGCUCCUUGUGGCAUCAUCUGUCCUAGCCAGAUGGACCUGUCUCUCCCAGGAACCUUGAGCUCUCCCAGACCUGAAAGUCUGUGGUGUAUACUUUAAAGGAACCAGCCUAAGUGUUCAGUUACAUGGCAUUCUUAUCCAUCUUCCAGGGGAGUUGGGCCCCCACCCUGUCCUGGGCUACAGCCCAGCUCGGGACCCACUUUCCCCGGCCGGGGCCGCCCUGGAGAUCUGAGGCUGCAAACGCGGCGGGGGAACCUAGUGUGGGCGGAACUCGAGUGCAGCGGCGGGAGGCUUCCGGGGGAGCCGCAAGGGCAACGGGUCGGCGGAGGCAGAAAAGCGUCGGACGCCGGGCCGAUCAUGGACGCUUGACAACCUGCGGGCAGGCGCCGGGAGGCCAAGCCAGCGACCGAGAGGACGGAGAGGCGGCGAGGACAGAUCUCAAGACCAGAGAAUGGCAGGCGAACAGAAACCCUCAAGUAACCUCCUGGAACAGUUUAUCUUACUAGCCAAAGGUACCAGUGGCUCAGCCCUCACUGCUCUCAUAAGCCAAGUUUUGGAGGCUCCUGGAGUAUAUGUCUUUGGAGAACUGCUGGAGCUGGCCAAUGUGCAGGAGCUUGCAGAAGGAGGUAAUGCUGCUUAUUUGCAGUUGCUGAAUCUGUUUGCCUAUGGAACAUACCCAGAUUACAUAGCCAACAAGGAGAGCCUGCCAGAACUGAGCACAGCUCAGCAGAACAAGCUGAAACACCUUACCAUCGUGAGCUUGGCGUCAAGGAUGAAGUGUAUCCCCUACUCCGUGCUGCUGAAGGACCUGGAGAUGCGGAAUCUCCGGGAACUGGAAGACCUCAUCAUCGAGGCUGUCUACACUGAUAUCAUCCAGGGCAAGCUGGAUCAGCGAAACCAGCUGCUAGAAGUGGAUUUCUGCAUUGGCCGUGACAUCCGAAAGAAAGAUAUCAAUAAUAUUGUCAAGACCUUGCAUGAAUGGUGCGAUGGCUGCGAGGCAGUCCUGCUGGGCAUCGAGCAGCAAGUUCUGAGAGCCAACCAGUACAAGGAAAACCACAGCCGAACUCAGCAGCAGGUAGAGGCCGAGGUUACCAACAUCAAGAAGACACUCAAAGCUACUGCGUCCUCCUCAGCUCAGGAGAUGGAGCAACAGUUGGCUGAACGAGAGUGUCCCCCCCAUGCUGAGCAGAGGCAGCCCACUAAGAAGAUGUCCAAAGUGAAAGGUCUGGUCUCCAGCCGCCACUAGGGCCGGCUGGGGCAGCUGGCACUCACCAGGCCUGGGUCAGGUGGGGAGGGGACACCAAGGGCCUAUUUCCUCCCCUCUCUACCUUCCAUGAGUUCCAGACCUGCCCAUCCCCUCACCAGCGCCUCCCCCCACAUUGGUACUGUUCCAGAAGAACCGUUAACUCCCUUCCCUCUCCCACUCCCUCUUCCCCAGUUGCUCCCUUCAGACUCAGGGGCUCCACGGAUGCCAUCCCAACAGGGCCAGACACUGCCCAGCUUCCCUCCAGGAGGUUCUUGUCUCUGUCUAAGGGCUUGUAUCCCUCCCAGUUUUUCUUUUGCUUCGUGUCAUUUUGUCAGGCUGGUCAUAAGCUGGAAGCAGCUUUAACUGGCCCACAGGGAUGACUGCGAAGGAGGCCCCUCUCUGAGUGACGGGAGGCACUCCUUCUCCAGCCCCAUGUGCCACAGUGCCCACCAUGGUGCAGGCGCUCUAGCCAGGUAUCAGAAUGCUUUGUUUUCCCUCUCCUGCCUUAUCCCUUGUUGGCAGCUCAGAUCAGGCCAUGGAGGGAUGUGAUGCUGGGCUAUGUUUACUAAACCUGCGGGUUUUCAGCCUCUUACGCCCAGCUCCAGUCUCUCAUUAGUUGGGAGCACCGGGCUGAUUAACCUCUGGAAUUUGAGCACCCGUAGGGGUCGCUGCGGGUCUGCUGGGUGGCGGAAGUUUCUUCCGGCUUGGUGUUCUCCGCUGGCCUCGCUCCCUGCUGCCUCUGACUACUCAGACUGGUUUUUGGUGUCAAGACCCCGGCUGCCCACUGGGGCUGUCUGCCAACACUUGUUCUCCCGAGAUCUUUUAAUUCUUCCCGGCUGCAUCCGUGGUGGGGAUGGUGGUGUUGAGGCCCCUCUAUCUGGUGAAGGAUCUGUUGCUGCUUCUGUUUCUUUCUUCCCACCCUCCCUGGCUGGUGACCCAGAGCCCUCUGAUGAUGGCAUUCUCCUGGCAAGAGAAAAGGACUUGACUAGCCUUUCUGAACUUGAACAGUUUCAGGUUAUAUUUUAAUUUUUUUUUUUUUUUUUUGUACAGGUUCUGAUUCUAAUACAUUUCAACAUGCUUUUUUCCCCCCUCGUGUCAAUAUUUGUUAUAGAGUAAUCGCCGGGGAGUUUCACCUGGUUGGAGGGUGGGGUGUGUGUAUGUGUGCGUGUGGUGGUGUUUUUUUUUUUUUUUAAGGGGAGGUGGAGGUCCUGGACUGAUAUUAAAGAGAGAAAAAGCACAUUUUAGAAAACAAAAUAAAAGUAGAUUUAAUGUAUGUGACUGUGGAAUGUGAGGUUGCAUAGCUGGUAGAUCUUGAGGGGCUAGAAUUAGGGUGGUUCAGGGAAAAUGUGAUACUGUUUCAGUGCCAUGGUUAAAAAAUGGAUUUCUCCUUUUUCCAAAAUGUCCAACAGCUGCCUACCAUUGAUCAAAUGUUAACAAAAUACUCUUGUUUCCCUUUUUAUGAUUUAUGUCCCCAUAUAACAUUAUGCCCAGCUGGAGGGUUUAAUUCCCAAAGUAUGUUUCAUGAAACCCUUUGAUAGAUGCUCUGUGGAAAAGGGGUUCUGUUGUUAAAUAAAUUCGGCACAUCCUGCA